UUUUGGUUCUAAAUCUUGAAUGACACAAUUUAAACACUUUUCUAAAGUGUUAUUUUAUCCUCUCUAAAAGCCUUCUUCCCUAAAAAUCCCGAACCCAUUUUGCAAUCAUUCUCCUUCUGCCCCAUAGUUAUCUUGAAAAUGAAAACCAAUUCUUUAGCCUGGAUAUUUGACUUUCUAUGUGCUAAAGUCGUUCUGGGAUUGGCUCUCGAAAAUCCUCAUAUGAUUAGGGACAGAGAUAUGGAUUUCCCAAAGUACAACUUGUUGGAAGCAGAAAAACGCGGCAGAAAUGGGACAGUCAAAUGGGAAACAUAUGCAGAUGGAAGAAAACUUUUGGCAACAAACGAUAAUACUGGCUGGAAAGAAAAGGCACGUAGAAGUAAAGGGUGUUCUUCCGGUGGAAACACGGUUUACUGGUACCAUGCGGAUGAUAGUACAGUAUUUCUACAUAGGCCUUUCUUCAUAUUAGCCACCAUAAUUUGUCUUAGCAUAUCUACUCUCCUUCUUUAGCCCUUUCAAUUUACCUAAUUUUUUAGUUCAAUAUUCAGUUUCUUUUAUGUUGUGCAGAAUUAUGACAUAUAUUUGGCUUAAUAUAUGGUGUAUGUGAUAUA